AUGCUAGGAAAGGGAAUUCUGAUCAUUUUUACGGCACUGGUUUUAGUCGCUGCCCUUUCUCCCGAGUCUAGUUAUGGUUAUCCACUGUUCUCACACAAACGAUACAUUCCACCAAGAUUCGACCCAAAAACUCAUGUUGAUAGCGCUUUCGUAGCUUUAAGAGUAGCAUCAGGUACCACAAAACAGUAUAACUGGUAUGAUAUUCUUCCAUACAACACGUUGUGUAAGACUGCGUUUGCUAAGGUGAUAUCUAGAGGCUACAGCCCCACCUAUGUUGUAAUGAGAAUAACCAGUCAUGAAGUUAGUGCAGGUUAUAUCUUAGCUGAUGCUGGUUAUGACGUAUGGCUGGGAAAUUUUAGAGGAAACACCUACUCUCGUAGACAUGUUACACUUUCCACUGAUUCUAAAGAAUUUUGGGAAUUCAGUUUUGAUGAAAUGGCCCUUUAUGAUUUGCCAGCUAUGAUUGAUUUUGCUUUGAACAAAACUGGAGAAACUCAACUUUACUAUAUUGGUCACUCACAAGGCACCCUUACAGCAUUUGCUCUUUUGUCUGAAAAGCCUGAAUAUAAUGAAAAGCUAAGAACUUUCUUUGCUCUGGCUCCAGUGGCGACUGUGGGAUACAUAAAAAGUCCAAUUCGAUACUUUGCUCCAUACACCAAGGAUAUCGAAAUACUUUUAAAAUUGUUGGGAGUUAAGGAGUUUCUGCCAAACAGCUGGCUAAUCAAGUUGCUAAGUGACUUGGUAUGCACAACGGAGAUUAAAGUGUUUUGUGAAGAGAUAAUAUUUUUGAUUGUUGGUGUUGAUCCAGACCAAAUGAAUUCUACACGUCUUCCAGUUUAUCUUUCCCAUACCCCUGCUGGAACAUCCUCUCAAAACCUAGUUCACUUUGCUCAGUUGGUGAAUUCAAAAAAACUUUUAAAAUAUGAUUAUGGAAAACAUAAGAAUAUGAAGAAAUAUAACCAGCCAACCCCACCUGAGUACUUCAUAGAAAACAUGACUACACCAGUGGCUUUGUUUUGGGCUCAAGAUGACUGGCUUGCUGAUCCUCGUGAUAUUGCUUUGCUACAACCACGUUUGAAACACAUGAUAAAGAGUUACAUGGUGGAAUAUGCGAAGUGGUCACAUGUGGACUUCAUAUGGGGAAUAGAAGCAAGAAAAUAUGUCUACGAUGAACUCCUCAAAAUGUUACAGAAAACCCACUGAGAAUGCUACAGAGAGAUUUCUGUCUGGAGAAGAUGUGAAAAUAGUGCAAAAAAUUAUACAUUUCGUGUAUUGAAUUUAAGGUCACUUAACAAAUGUCUAAUGUUUUUAUUGUGAAAUUAGUUUUUUCCAUUCGGAAAUCUUUCUUAAAGCUACAAGCUUCAAAGCACAAUUCAUUAUCUGUGUAAAAUGUUUUAAUCCAGUUUGUACCAGAAGAUUGAAUCCUUUUAUAAUGUAGUAAAUAAUCUGUAUUCA